GUCUCCAAAGGUCACCCAAUUAAGUCAUUAUCGUUUCAUUUCAGAUCCGAAGUUUCAAUAAUGAUACCUCAAUCGUCCCCUCAUUGGUGCUAAUCUUUUCCUCGCCUGACCGCGAGGCCGUGGACUUAGCCCACAGACUCCGGCAGCACCUACUGACCACCUGGCGGAGCUUCAUCAUCUGUUUGAGGUACCAGGUGACCAGGUGCUUGCUGGGACUCAUACAAAACACUACAGAUGAUAUGCUGCUUCAGUUUGACUUUCACGACCGCCACAAGAUCCGGGAAAUCCUCGAUGAGGCGUUAGAUAUGUUCGAUUCCGUCGGAGCCGUGGGGCAGGAAACUCAAGACCUCUACCGGACCAUCCGUGUCUUCGCCAUCCGAAUCAUUCCAACAGACUCCGAGCCACAUGCGGGGAGAAAGGGAGGAGGUGACGUACCGCAGACCAACGAUAUAAUGACGAAUUGGAGGGAGGCCGAUCGUGUCGUUACGUUGUUGGGUGAUCUGCUGGUAUACUACCGAUGCUAUGAGAAUACGUUAUGGACAACUCGGAAUGAGGAACGAAGGAUUGUCAAUGAGGAUAGCUCUGUAAAGUUUGUUUCCACUGCCUAUAUCAAGCGAAUCGACCCAAGAUUCGAGGGCAAACGGCAAUCAAAGGGAGCAACUCCCGAGCAAGAUGACGUUAGUUUCAUCUUCGUCCACGAGAGGACGCCACAGCUGGACGAAGGUGACUUGAUGACAGCUGAUAACAGAACUGAAGAAAUGGAAGAACACAUAGAGAUGACGACGCUGCAACUUGCACAUGAGUCGCCCUACGCGUCGCUUGAGCUGGGAGGGGAGUUAGUCCAGCGUGAAGUGAUCCCAGGCAAGUCCUUGGAGCAGGAGUCGAACUUCUUCGAAGAGGUCACUCAUGAAGAGACUGUCGAGUGCACAGAAGAGGAAACCGUGGAUAUGGUUCUAAUGGAGACGCAAGAGACAAGUAGUUUUGUCAUUACUUGUGUCAUAGACCCAACAACUGGUGACGAGAUCAGUAUGUUUGAUGCGAUCAAGGAAGGAAUCGUGGACCAAGAACAGGGGAUUUAUUUUAACCCUGUGACCAAAGAAACGAUGCCGAUUGCUGAAGCAAUGAACCAAGGAUUAAUCAUGGCCGAGAUGGUGUCCAACGUGGUCGAGUCUACAGUUACAACAGUCUAUAAGACCAAGGAGUUCUGUAUUUCUGGUGCUGUUGAUACGAGAACGAUGACACAGGUGACUGUAGAUGAGGCAUUAGAUCUUGGAAUUAUACUGCCGGAGGAUGAGCUCUUUGUCGACCUGAAGGCGGAAGAGAGGAUGACAAUCCCUGAUGCCGUUGCCAAGGACUUACUGAUACAAAAAUGGGACAGUACACCUAAUGAUAUCGAAGUCGAAACUGGUAACGGCGUGUUGAUUUUUAGAGUAGAAUUCAUAGUCGAUCCGAUCACCAACGCAGAAACACAGCUGAGCGAAGCAGUUGAACAAGGUUUUCUGGACCCAGAUAAACAGUUGUUCAUUAACCCGGAGAAAGAAGUACAGAUUCCCCUGUAUGAGGCAAUUAAAUUGGGAAUGGUUGUCGCCCAACCUGUUGUCAAAGCAGUGGAGAGGAAGGAGGUCUGCUUUGCCGAAAAACCAAGAGAAACCUUCAACGAUUGUGUCGUCCAAGAAGAUACCAUUGAGCAUCAGACAGCAGAGACAAUAAAAUCAUCCCCGAUUGACAUAUUUGACUCGUUAGGGCUAGAAGCGAAACUACCAGAAGGUGUUGAAAUAGUUUAUAGGUCAUCAGCUAAACAAUUCCUACCUGGUGAUUACGUUGCUGAAGACCUGAACGAGCUUGAAGAAAUCAUACCAGAAGUCAUCAGAGAAAACAGGUCCACACCAAGUCAGUUUGACACCUCGGAUUGGGAGGAUAUGGAUGAUGUCAUUUCUUACGUGACGGGCCUUCUGAUUGUUACAGAUUUCAAAGUCGAGUCAAUUACUGGCCCAGAUGGUAACGAGGUGCCUCUGGAAGAGGCUAAGGCCAAGGGUCUGUUUGACCCACACAAGAUUGCCUACACAGAUCCGGUUACACAGAAAGAAAUACCUGUUCAGGAGGCAAUAGAACUAGGCCUAGUGAAGGGCCAACCCGUUGGUAAAGGAACCUAUGCCACCCUGUGUGUCAUGGACCCCGACACAGGGGCUGAGCUGAGCAUUGAGGAGGCGUGUGAACGAGGACUUAUAGACCUCGACAGAAACUGCUUCAUUCUCCCUAAAACAGGACAAGAUAUCCCAUUGCAAGAGGCUAUCGAUGAAGGCCUUAUGAAGGGAACCCCGCUCCAAGAUGAUCAUGAAGAUGUCAUUUCUUUCCUGAGUGGGCCUUUGACACUUACGGACUUCAGAGUAGACUCAGUCAAAGACAAUGAGGGGCAUGAGUUGUCAUUUGGCGAGGCGGUCGCCAAGGGCCUCUAUGAUCCCGAUAAGGUGGUCUAUAUAGACCCCGUUACCCAGGAAGAAAUCCCAAUCCACGAUGCGGUAGAAAAAUGCAUAGUAAAAGGUACGCCGGUGAAUAAAAAUACCUACAACACACUUUGUAUAUUUGAUCCGGAUAGAGAAACAAAGAUGACGACUGACAGACCGGGCGAAAGAGGCCUCAUUGAUCUUCAGAAAGGUUGCCUCAUACAUCCCAAAACUAAGAAAGCCAUUCCACUGCCAGAGACGAAAGACGAUAAAAAAGAUGUAAUCUCUUUCCUUAGCGGUCCUUUGACUGUCACAGACUUCAAAGUAGAAUAUGUCAAAGACCAGGAUGGAAAUGAAAUUCCACUCUCGGAGGCAAUCGAGAAGGGGCUCUAUGAUUCAGAGAAGAUGGCCUACAUAGACCCAGUCACGCGCAAGGAAACUCCUUUCAUUAAAGCCAUAAAAAUUGGAUUAAUCAAAGGAAACCCGGAGGAAACAGAAACCUACACUAGUCUGUCAGUUGUGGAUCCUGAUACAUGCGCUAAACUGUCAAUAGAGGAUGCUGUUGAAAAAGGGCUGAUUGAUAUUGAAAAGGGCUGCUACAUAGACCCCAAAACAGGGAAAGCUAUUCCGAUACCAGAGGCCAUUGAAGAAGGACUGAUGAAGGCUUCUCCAACCAAGGAAGAUGUAAUUUCAUACCUGAGCGGUCCUUUGACUGUCACAGACUUCAAAGUAGAAUCCGUGAAAGACAAGUAUGGAAAUGUAAUACCACUCUCGGAGGCAAUCGAGAGGGGGCUUUAUGAACCGGAAAAGAUGGCCUACAUAGACCCAGUAACCCACAAGCAGAUCCCUGUCCAGGAGGCAAUAGAACUAGGCGUAAUCAAGGGCCAUCAAGAAGAUAAAGAGACCUACGCAAGCCUGUAUGUUGUAGAUCCUGUUACUGGGGCAACAUUGACCAUUCAAGAAGCAUCCGACCAAGGACUAAUAGACCUGGAAAAGGGAUGCUUCUUGCACCCGAAAACCAUGAAGGCAGUGCCAAUAGCGGAGGCCAUCGAGGAGGGACUGAUAAUGGCAACCAAGGCCGAGGAUGAUAAGGGUGAUAUCAUUUCAUUCUUGAGUGGCCCAUUGACUGUCACUGAUUUCGAAGUCGAAUCGGUCAAAGAUCAGGAUGGAAAUGAGAUUGCACUCACUGAGGCAAUUAAGAAGGGUCUUUAUGAUCCUGAGAAGAUGGCCUAUAUCGAUGCAAUCACCCAUAAGGAGGUUCCUCUCACAGAAGCUAUUGAGACUCACUUAAUCAAGGGCCACCCAGAAGACACGGAAACGUACACCAGUCUGUCAGUUGUGGAGCCUGAUACAGGUGCAGAAUUGACCAUUGAGGAAGCUGCCGAAAAGGGACUAAUAGACCGUGAGAAGGGAUGCUACGUCGAUCCCAAAACAAGAAAAGCAAUUCAAAUACCACAAGCCAUUGAAGAGGGACUAAUGAAGGGUAAACCUACGAAAGAUGAUGUCAUUUCUUACCUGAGUGGCCCUCUGACUGUCACAGACUUCAAAGUGGAAUCAGUCACAGACAAAGAUGGUAAUGAACUUCCACUCGCCGAGGCAAUUGAGAAAGGUCUUUAUGAUCCAGAGAAGAUGGUCUAUAUCGAUCCAAUCACUCAAAAGGAAAUUCCCCUCAUAGAAGCUAUAGAGACUGGCUUAAUCAAAGGCAAGCCAGAGGACACCGAAACCUACUCUUGCUUGUCAGUCUUAGAUCCUGAUACAGGGACAGAGUUGACAAUUGAAGAAGCAACCGAAAAGGGAUUAAUAGACCGCGAGAAUGGAUGCUAUAUAGACCUCGAAACAGGGAAGGCUAUUUCAAUACCGGAGGCGAUUAAAGAGGGCCUGAUGAAGGGUGAACCGUCAAAGGAAAAUGUCAUAUUUUACUUGAGUGGUCCUUUGACUGUCACAGACUUCAAAGUUGAAUCAGUCAAAGACAAAGAUGGAAAUGGUCUUCCACUCACCGAGGCAAUUGAGAAAGGUCUUUAUGAUCCAGAGAAGGUGGCUUGUAUCGAUCCAAUCACCCAUAAGGAGGUUCCUCUCAUAGAAGCUAUUGAGACUGGCUUAAUCCAGGGCCACCCAGAAGACACGGAAACGUACACCAGUUUGUCAGUUGUGGAGCCUGGUACAGGUGCAGAAAUGACCAUUCAGGAAGCAACCGAAAAGGGACUAAUGGACCCUGAGAAGGGAUGCUACGUAGAUCCCAAAACCGGGAAAGCAAUUCAAAUACCACAAGCCAUUGAAGAGGGCCUGAUGAAGGGUAAACCUACGAAAGAUGAUGUCAUUUCUUACCUGAGUGGCCCUCUGACUGUCACAGACUUCAAAGUUGAAUCAGUCACAGACAAAGAAGGAAAUGAACUUCCACUCACUGAGGCAAUUGAGAAAGGUCUGUAUGAUCCAGAGAAGAUGGUCUAUAUCGAUCCAAUCACUCGGAAGGAACAUCCCCUCAUAGAAGCUAUAGAGACUGGCUUAAUCAAAGGCAAGCCAGAGGACACCGAAACCUACUCUUGCUUGUCAGUCUUAGAUCCUGAUACAGGGACAGAGUUGACAAUUGAAGAAGCAACCGAAAAGGGAUUAAUAGACCGCGAGAAUGGAUGCUAUAUAGACCUCGAAACAGGAAAGGCUAUUUCAAUACCGGAGGCGAUUGAAGAGGGUCUGAUGAAGGGUGAACCGUCAAAGGAAAAUGUCAUAUUUUACUUGAGUGGUCCCUUGACUGUCACAGACUUCAAAGUUGAAUCAGUCAAAGACAAAGAUGGAAAUGGUCUUCCACUCGCCGAUGCAAUUGAGAAAGGUCUUUAUGAUCCAGAGAAGAUGGCUUGUAUCGAUCCAAUCACCCAUAAGGAGGUUCCUCUCACAGAAGCUAUUGAGACUGGCUUAAUCCAGGGCCACCCAGAAGACACGGAAACGUACACCAGUUUGUCAGUUGUGGAGCCUGGUACAGGUGCAGAAAUGACCAUUCAGGAAGCAACCGAAAAGGGACUAAUGGACCCUGAGAAGGGAUGCUACGUAGAUCCCAACACAGGGAAAGCGAUUCAAAUACCACAAGCCAUUGAACAAGGACUGAUGAAGGGUAAACCUACGAAAGAUGAUGUCAUUUGUUACCUGAGCGGUCCUUUGACUGUCACAGACUUCAAAGUGGAAUCAGUCAAAGACAAAGAUGGAAAUGGUCUUCCACUCAUUGAGGCAAUUGAGAAAGGUCUUUAUGAUCCAGAGAAGAUGGCUUGUAUCGAUCCAAUCACUCAGAAGGAGGUUCCUCUCAUAGAAAGUAUUGAGUCUGGUUUAAUCCAGGGCAACCGAGAAGACACGGAAACGUACACCAGUUUGUCAGUUUUGGAGUCUAAUACAGGUGCUGAUUUGACAAUUGAGGAAGCGAUCGAAAAGGGACUAAUAGACCCUGAGAAGGGAUGCUACGUAGAUCCCAACACAGGGAAAGCGAUUCAAAUACCACAAGCCCUUGAACAAGGACUGAUGAAGGGUAAACCUACGAAAGAUGAUGUCAUUUGUUACCUGAGCGGUCCUUUGACUGUCACAGACUUCAAAGUGGAAUCAGUCAACGACAAAGAUGGAAAUGAGCUUCCACUCAUUGAGGCAAUUGAGAAAGGUCUUUAUGAUCCAGAGAAGAUGGUCUAUAUUGAUCCAAUCACUCAGAAGGAAAUUCCCCUCAUUGAAGCUAUAGAGACUGGCUUAAUCAAAGGCAAGCCAGAGGACACCGAAACCUACUCUUGCUUGUCAGUCUUAGAUCCUGAUACAGGGACAGAGUUGACAAUUGAAGAAGCAACCGAAAAGGGACUACUAGACCCUGAGAAGGGAUGCUACGUAGAUCCCCAAACCGCAAAAGCAAUUGAAAUACCACAAGCCCUUGAACAAGGACUAAUGAAGGGUAAACCUACAAAAGAUGAUGUCAUUUCUUACCUGAGUGGCCCUCUGACUGUCACAGACUUCAAAGUGGAAUCAGUCACAGACGAAGAUGGAAAUGAACUUGCACUCGCUGAGGCAAUUGAGAAAGGUCUCUAUGAUCCAGAGAAGAUGGCUUGUAUCGAUCCAAUCACUCAGAAGGAGGUUCCUCUCAUAGAAAGUAUUGAGUCUGGCUUAAUCAAGGGCCAUCCAGAAGACACAAAAACGUACACAAGUUUGUCAGUUGUGGAUCCUGAUACAGGCGCUGAAUUGACAAUUGAGGAAGCGACAGAAAAGGGACUAAUAGUCCCUGAGAAGGGAUGCUACGUUGAUCCCAACACAGGGAAAGCUAUUCAAAUUCCAGAAGCCAUUGAAGAGGGUCUAAUGAAAGGUAUACCUACAAAAGGUGAUGUCAUAUCCUUCCUAAGUGGUCCUUUGACUGUCACAGACUUCAAAGUUGAAUCAGUCAAAGACAAAGAUGGAAAUGGUCUUCCACUCACUGAGGCAAUUGAGAAAGGUCUUUAUGAUCCAGAGAAGAUGGUUUGUAUUGAUUCAAUCACCCAUAAGGAGGUUCCUCUCACGGAAGCUAUUGAGUCUGGCUUAAUCCAGGGCCACCCAGAAGACACAGAAACGUACACAAGUUUGUCAGUUGUGGAGCCUGAUACAGGUGCUGAAUUGACCAUUGAGGAAGCAACCGAAAAGGGACUAAUAGACCCUGAGAAGGGAUGCUACGUAGAUCCCAAAACAGGGAAAGCAAUUCAAAUACCACAAGCCAUUGAAGAGGGCCUGAUGAAGGGUAAACCUACGAAAGAUGAUGUCAUUUCUUACCUGAGUGGCCCUUUGACUGUCACAGACUUCAAAGUGGAAUCAGUCACAGACAAAGAUGGUAAUGAACUUCCACUCGCUGAGGCAAUUGAGAAAGGUCUUUAUGAUCCAGAGAAGAUGGUCUAUAUCGAUCCAAUCACUCAUAAGGAAAUUCCCCUCAUAGAAGCUAUAGAGACUGGCUUAAUCAAAGGCAAGCCAGAGGACACCGAAACCUACUCUUGCUUGACCGUCUUAGAUCCUGAAACAGGGACAGAGUUGACAAUUGAAGAAGCAACCGAAAAGGGACUACUAGACCCUGAGAAGGGAUGCUACGUAGAUCCCAAAACCGGGAAAGCAAUUCAAAUACCACAAGCCCUUGAACAAGGACUGAUGAAGGGUAAACCUACGAGAGAUGAUGUCAUUUCGUACCUGAGUGGCCCUCUGACUGUCACAGACUUCAAAGUGGAAUCAGUCACAGACGAAGAUGGAAAUGAACUUGCACUCGCUGAGGCAAUUGAGAAAGGUCUCUAUGAUCCAGAGAAGAUGGCUUGUAUCGAUCCAAUCACUCAGAAGGAGGUUCCUCUCAUAGAAAGUAUUGAGUCUGGCUUAAUCAAGGGCCACCCAGAAGACACAAAAACGUACACAAAUUUGUCAGUUGUGGAUCCUGAUACAGGUGCUGAAUUGACAAUUGAGGAAGCGACCGAAAAGGGACUAAUAGUCCCUGAGAAGGGAUGCUACGUUGAUCCCAACACAGGGAAAGCUAUUCAAAUUCCAGAAGCCAUUGAAGAGGGACUAAUGAAAGGUAUGCCUGCAAAAGAUGAUGUCAUAUCUUUCCUGAGCGGUCCUUUGACUGUCACAGACUUCAAAGUGGAAUCAGUCAACGACGAAGAUGGAAAUGAGCUUCCACUCAUUGAGGCAAUUGAGAAAGGUCUUUAUGAUCCAGAGAAGAUGGUUUGUAUCGAUUCAAUCAUCCAUAAGGAGGUUCCUCUCACAGAAGCUAUUGAGACUGGCUUAAUCCAGGGCCACCCAGAAGACACCAAAACGUACACAAAUUUGUCAGUUGUGGAUCCUGAUACAGGUGCUGAAUUGACAAUUGAGGAAGCGACCGAAAAGGGACUAAUAGUCCCUGAGAAGGGAUGCUACGUUGAUCCCAACACAGGGAAAGCUAUUCAAAUUCCAGAAGCCAUUGAAAAGGGACUAAUGAAAGGUAUGCCUACAAAAGAUGAUGUCAUAUCUUUCCUGAGUGGUCCUUUGACUGUCACAGACUUUAAAGUUGAAUCAGUCAAAGAUAAAGAUGGAAAUGGUCUUCCACUCACCGAGGCAAUUGAGAAAGGUCUUUAUGAUCCAGAGAAGAUGGUUUGUAUCGAUUCAAUCACCCAUAAGGAGGUUCCUCUCACGGAAGCUAUUGAGACUGGCUUAAUCCAGGGCCACCCAGAAGACACGGAAACGUACACAAGUUUGUCAGUUGUGGAGCCUGAUACAGGUGCUGAAUUGACCAUUGAGGAAGCAACCGAAAAGGGACUAAUAGACCCUGAGAAGGGAUGCUACGUAGAUCACAAAACAGGGAAAACGAUUCAAAUACCACAAGCCAUUGAAGAGGGACUGAUGAAGGGUAAACCUACGAAAGAUGAUGUCAUUUCUUACCUGAGUGGCCCCCUGACUGUCACAGACUUCAAAGUGGAAUCAGUCACAGAGAAAGAUGGAAAUGAACUUCCACUCGCUGAGGCAAUUGAGAAAGGUCUUUAUGAUCCAGAGAUGAUGUCUUGCAUCGAUCCAAACACUCAGAAGGAAAUUCCCCUCAUUGAAGCUAUAGAGACUGGCUUAAUCAAAGGCAAGCCAGAGGACACCGAAACCUACUCUUGCUUGACCGUUCUAGAUCCUGAUACAGGGACAGAGUUGACAAUUGAAGAAGCAACCGAAAAGGGACUACUAGACCCUGAGAAGGGAUGCUACGUAGAUCCCAAAACCGGGAAAGCAAUUCAAAUACCACAAGCUCUUGAACAAGGACUGAUGAAGGGUAAAUCUACGAAAGAUGAUGUCAUUUCUUACCUGAGUGGCCCUCUGACUGUCACAGACUUCAAAGUGGAAUCAGUCACAGACGAAGAUGGAAAUGAACUUGCACUCGCUGAGGCAAUUGAGAAAGGUCUCUAUGACCCAGAGAAGAUGGCUUGUAUUGAUCCAAUCACUCAGAAGGAGGUUCCUCUCAUAGAAAGUAUUGAGUCUGGUUUAAUCCAAGGCCACCCAGAAGACACGGAAACGUACACCAGUUUGUCAGUUGUGGAUCCUGAUGCAGGGGCAGAUUUGACAGUUGAGGAAGCAACCGAAAAGGGACUACUAGACCUUGCGAAGGGAUGCUACGUAGAACCCAAAACCGGGAAAGCGAUUGAAAUUCCACAAGCCAUUGAAGAGGGACUGAUGAAGGGUAAACCUACAAAAGAUGAUGUCAUAUCUUACCUUAGUGGUCCCUUGACUGUCACAGACUUCAAAGUGGAAUCAGUGAAAGACAAAGAUGGAAAAGAACUUCCACUCUCCGUGGCAAUUGAGAAAGGUCUUUAUGAUCCAGAGAAGAUGGCCUGCAUAGACCAAGUAACCCUCAAGGAGGUUCCUCUCAUCGAAGCAAUAGAACACGGGUUGAUGAAAGGCAAUCCCGAUUCGAAGGAAACUUUCAUUGCUAUCUCUGUCCUUGAACCAGCUACUGGCAAAGAACUGACAAUUUACGAAGCAAGCGAUAUGGGGUUAUUAGACCUACAUAAGGGUUGUUACUUACAACCGAAGACGAAGAGGCCUGUACCCAUUCUAGAUGCUAUGGCGGAUGGCCGCAUAAGGGCGACUCCAGUGGAGAAUCCUGUGUACUUCAUUGACACUGUUGCUGACCCUACAUCAAGCGAGAAGAUUCCUUUAUCAGAUGCCUUGGAACAAGGCAUCGUUGAUCUUGAGAAUGGCACGUAUUACAACCCUAAAACUGAUGAGACCAUACCGUUUCAAAAGGCUGUGAAUCAAGGCGUUGUGCAUACCGUCCCUGUUCAGAUCCUAAAUGUCAUAGAUCCUCGAGCCGGCGAUACGCUCUCUCUUGAUGAAGCAGUAGAGCGACAGAUUUUGGACCUACUAAAGUAUCACUACAAGAAUCCAAACACUGGAAAAGCAGUACCCAUCCAGCAGGCGAUAGACCAGAACCUUAUCAAUGCAGUGCCGUGCAAUGUUGGGGAUUAUGAAGAUGAAAUUGUGCCUCAACCCAUGCUAGAAGUCAGGUCUGCACCAAUCGAUCUGGGUCUGGAUUGGAAGAAUUUGGAUGACGUCAUACCUGUUCCAAGUGGCCCAUUGGCCGUUACAUUCUUCAGAGUCGAUUCGGUGAGGUCACAGACCGGGGAGGAAUUGCCACUAAAAGAAGCGAUAGAACAAGGUCAUUAUAAUCCGGACAUCAUGUGCUACAUAGAGCCUACCACGUUGAAGGAGAUACCAGCCAAGGUGGCAAUCGAUUUAGAAUUGUUAAAGGGAACUGCGGAGAGAAAGGAGACAUACGCACCCAUCUGUAUUGUUGAACCAAACACUGGAGCAGAGCUGACCCUUGAAGAAGCCAUCGAAAAGGGGUUUGUCGAUCUUGAAAAGGGUGGUUUCUUUGAUCCGAAAUCAACGAAGCUGUUGCCGAUACAAGAGGCGAUGGAGAUGGGUUUAGUCAAGGCCAUGCCUGUCAGAAAUCCCGUGCAUGCAAUAGAAUCAGUGUUCAACCCAAAGACUGGGCAAGACAUCACGGACACAGCAGCUGUCCGAGAUGGAAUCGUGGACCUGAAGCGUGGACUCUACGUUGAUCCUAAGAGUAAUGAAACCAUGCCUCUAGAGAAGGCUAUUGAGAAGGGGUUAGUCGGGGUAGUCGCGCUGCAGAUUAUGACUGUCACAGACCCAAAAACCGAUGAACAGGUACCCUUGGAAGUCGCAGUUGAGAGGUUCCUACUCGAUAUCCCGAAGUACCAUUACAAAAAAGAUCCGAAAACGGGCGAGCCGAUUACCCUGAAGCAAGCAAUUGAAGAUGACCUGAUUGCCUCCGUACCUGUCUCAAAUCCAGUCUUCAUCGUUGAAUCCGUAGGCGAGGACGCACUGCCAGUUCAGGAAGCGUGUGGGAAUGGUCUCUUUGAUCCAAACACUGGUAAAUACAUUGACCCGAAAACGGGAGAAGCCAUACCAUUAACUGAGGCUGCAGAGGCAGGACUUGUCUCGGUAAAACCAGUAUACGUUGAUUCCGUCUUUGACCCAUUGACCGAGACACUGCUCACUUUGGAUUCAGCAGCUGAGAAAGGCAUAAUAGACGUUGCAAACUCUCUAUACAUUGAUCCGUGCACCAAGGAGCCUCUCCCACUGACAACUGCGAUUGAAAAAGGACUGGUCAUGGCCACAGGGGUCAAGAAUCCAGUAGAGUGCCCAGUGACAGUUGUGGACCCUAACACUGGAGAAGAAAUUUCCCUAGGAGCUGCUGCUAAUAAAGGCAUGUUUGACUUACUUCAAGGCGAGUACAUCGACACGGGAUCUGGAGACAGGAUUCCAUUGAAGAAGGCAGCAGAAGAGGGGAAACUCAAAACAAUACCCUGCUAUGUUUGGACAGUAUCGGAUAUAGAUAAAGUAGAAGAAAUCUCACUGGAGGAUUCCGUAACGAGAGGGAUUCUAGACUUGCAGAAGGGUGUGUAUGUUGACCCUCUGAAUAGUUCUACCAUGCCCCUGUACAAAGCUUGUGAGGAGAAUCUAGUCCAAGCACUUUUGGUGAAGAAUCCUGUCUGCUGUAUUGAAGCGAUUGUCGACCCGAAGACUGGGAAUAGCUUAAGCCCGGAGGAGGCGGAACAUAUCAAGCUAUUCGAUAUUGAACAGUGCUUGUACAAUGACCCUGCAGGAAAUCUGUUGGGAUUCGAAGAAGCAAAGAAAGAAGAGAAGAUCCGAGUCGUUUAUUUAUACAUAGUGCAUGUGAUAGACACGACAACAGACAGUUACUACAGUCUUGAACAGGCCUGUUUUAGAGGUUUGCUUGAUAUACCGAAGAGUCUGUACUUGGAUACAAAAGAAGAGAAAUUGGUACCACUGAGUACUGCGAUUGAGACAGGGCUGGUGAAAGCAAUUCCAUUGAGGAAUCCUAUUAACUAUCCAACCAGUUUUCAAGAUACCAAACACGAUACAGGUAUCUGCAUAGAAGAGGCCGAAAAGAAGGGACUUGUCAGUUUUACCAAGGAUGAGUUCAUCGAUACGAAGUUGGAAAAGACGUUGUCCCUGCUUGAAGCAGUGGAGUCGGCUCUCCUCAGCGUCGAAUCAGUUUACGUCGACGCAGUGUUAGACCCGUCCACCAAUGAGUAUGUCACUCUGGAAGAGGCUGGUAUCAGUGGUAUCCUAGACCUACCUAGAUGUCUCUAUAUCAACAAGAUGACUCAAGAUAUGUGCAACUUCGAGGUAGCCAUUCGGGAAAGCUACAUUAGAGUUACAAAGGUGCGAAACCCGGUUCAUAUAAUAGUCAAGAUCUAUGACGAAAGUGAGCUUGUCAGCUUCGAGGAGGCAAUGGAGAGAGGUAUCGUAGAUAUUGCUAAGGGAGUAUAUUUAGAUAGGGCACAUCAGGAGGUCCCACUCUAUAAGGCGAUCGCAGAGGAGAAAGUCUGCACGGUUCCUUUUUACAUCGAGAGAGUCACUGACCUCGAAACGGCGAAAGAGGUCCCACUGGAAGAAGCCACGCAAAGAGGACUAUUGGACCUACAGAGAAGUGUGUACGUCGACCAUGGAACGAACCAAAAGGUCGCAAUUAUUCGAGCAAUUGACCAGGGCCUAAUCAAGGCUGUGCCUCUGAGUAAUCCCGUGUACAGCAUAGAAUUCGUCACGGACACUCUCACGGGUGAAUCAGUUCCACUCAAGGAAGCCGUAGAAACCAAAAUGGUCGAUUUGACAAAGGGACUUUUCACGGACCCUGAGACUUCCACUGUUUACCCUCUGCGUUAUGCCUUAGAACAUGGCUUCGCUAAAGCUAGACCUGUUUACAUCGAAGGAGUCCUAAGCCCUCGUUCGCCUAACGCGCUUCUAGGCUUACCCGAGGCCUGCUUGACCGGCUUAGUCGAUAUACCCUGUAGUGUGUACAUUUGUCCAAAGUCACUUCUGCCAAUACCGCUAUGUCAAGCAAUUGAUGAAGGUUACGUCAAAGCACAUCCAAUCUGCAGCGCAGUGCUGCAGCCAGUUGCAGCAUUUGACCCUGCAACGGGCGAGACCUUGCCGAUUAAGGAAGCAGUGCAGGCUGGUGUGUUUGACAAACUGCACUCUACAUACGUGGAUCCAGAGUCAGGGGAGGACAUCCCAUUAACUCAAGCAUUGGAAAGAGGUUUAGUCAAGGCGAAACCUUUCUAUGUCGAAAUCGUGAAAAACCAACAUACUGACGAGGAGUCUUCUUUUGAACAAGCUGUGUUAAAGGGACUACUAGACUGCAGCAAAGCGUUGUAUAUUGAUCCAGUUUCUGAUAGACCAGUGCCCUUUGAAGAGGCUUUAGAACAAGGACUGGUCAAAGCAGAUGCUGUGCGAAAUCCAGUAUACUCGGUGGAGUACGUCUUGGACAAAGUCGCGGAUGAGUGUUACAGUAUUGAUGACGACAAAGCACAGCAUCUUGUCGACUUAGCAAAGGGAGUUUACAUUGAUCUGGUUACCAAGGAGGAGUUACCGUUACAACAAGCCAUCAAGGCUGGCUUGGCCAAGGCCGUGCCAAUAUAUGUGGAGUGCGUGGUUGACCCAAUCACAGGGGAAGAGCUUUCACUAGAAGAUGCAGUGAUAAAAUCUAUCAUUGACAUCCCGAAAGGGAUUUAUCUCGAUCCUAGGGAAGUGAGACCAAUCCCGUUCUGCAGGGCUGUCGAGAGGGGCCUGAUCAAAGCAAGGCCUGUUAAUGCACCAGUUCUCUGUCCGAAGUCUGUGCUUGACCCCGAGACAGGCGAUCUCAUUCCAUUGGAGGCUGCAGAGGAGAAAGGUCUGAUUGACUUAGAGACUGGCGUUUGCAAGGAUCCAAAGACUGGAGAGGAUGUACCAUUAAAUGAGUCAGUAAAACAAGGUCUUGUUGAGUGUCUGCUUGUGUGUGUGGUAUCUGUCCUUAAUCCUGAUGGAGAGGAACUGGCAUUGAUUGAGGCAAUUGAACAAGGCGUCAUUGAUUUGGCCAAGGGUACAUGCUUCGACCCUAGCACUGGUGAUCAGGUAAGAAUCCUUAUAGCUUUAGAGAAAGAAUUGAUCAAAGCAAUCAUUGUUCGCAACCCAGUGUACUGUGCAGAGUAUGUAUUGAACCAGGCCGAAGACUGUGCGAUACCUUACGAAGCCGCAAUAGAGAACAGCUUGGUCGAUCUCGAAAAGGGUGUCUACUUGGAUAAGGAACAAGAUGUCAAUGUCCCACUGCAUAAAUCAGUGGAACAGCACUUCAUCCGAGAGGUCCCUUACUAUGUGGAGUUUGUAGUAGACCCAGUCACUGCGCAAGAGUUGACUCUAGAAGAGGCUGCUCUUCAAGGGCUUAUAGACAUACCAAAGAGCCUGUAUCUCGACCCCAGGGCGGUUACACCAACCCCUCUGUAUAAGGCCAUAGACAGUAACCACAUCCAAGCAACAGAAGUUAAGAAUCCUGUGUUCAGCCCUGAGACUGCGUACGAUCCUGCUAAAGGAAAUUACAUUCCUGUACAAGAAGCAGUGGAAGCUGGUCUAGUUGACCUCAAGAAUGGAGUAUACAAUGAGUCGGACAAGAAGGAGGUCAGAAUUUCCGAAGCCCUCAAGAGAGGUCUCGUGACAUCCUCGCCAGUCUAUGUAGCCUCAGUCAUAGACAGUGAAACCAAAAAGGAGCAUACUCUGGAGAAAGCCGUCGAGUUGAAACUGGUGGAUAUCAUCAAUGGUGUGUAUUACAAAGGUCAUGAGGCGCUGCCGCUCUUAGUUGCAGUUGCGGAUGGCUUGGUGAAAACAGUCCCGAAUAGGAACCCAGUUUACACAGUCACUGCUGCCUUGGAUACGAAAUCCGACCUGAUAGUCAACAUACGCGAUGCAGCAGAUUUGUUUGAUUUGAACCAUGGGCUGUACAUCGAUCCCGAUACCAAACAUGACUACACGGUCAACAGGGCUAUCGAAGACUGGUUCCUACGGGCCACUCCGACUUACGUCUGUUCGGUAGUCGAUCCUACCACGGGAGAAGACGUAUCAAUGGCGGUAGCGGCAGAGCAAGGCAUUGUUAACUUAGCCGAUAAUACCUACAUUGAUCCAAAGAAGAUCCAGCCAAUACCGUUGUCAACAGCACAAGCCAUGGGGUUAGUUAAAUCUAUUCCAGUCAGGUCACAAGUUGCCUCUGAGACUGUCGUCCUAAAUCCACACACAGGUCAGGAACAUCCUUACAAGGAUGCUAAGAAACUAGGCCUUGUUGAUGAAGACAAGGGCUUGUACAUUAUUCCGAAAUCUCAGGAGAAGAUGCCUUUUGAAACUGCCAAGGAAAAGGGCCUGGUAUCGGAAAUUCCCGCGUCAGUGUACUGCGUGCUUGACCAAGAGAAGUCAGAGUACGUCUCAUUGGAGCAGGCUAUAGACAAGGGGUUGAUUGAUCCCAUUGGGCCGAACUACAAAGACGUUUUAUCGGGUGAGGGGCUACCACUGCAAAAGGCAAUGGAAGCAGGGUUUGUUAAAACUAUUCCUGCGAGGAACCCUGUGUAUGUAGCUUAUGCUGUGAAGGACCCAUCUGAUGGAAAACGAAUAGGGAUCAUCGACGCAUUCACUGAAGCUCUUGUGGAUUUGUCCAAGGGGGUCUACCAGAACCCUAUGACUGGGGAAACCACACCCCUAUUCCUGUGUAAGGAGAAUAGUGAUGUGGAGUUCAUACCGUUCUGCAUCGCGUCCGUGUAUUGCCCGAGCACUGGUGAAGAGUUGAGCCUCUCAGAAGCAGUGGAGAGGGGAGUCGUAGACUUACCAAAGUCAGUCUAUAUUGACCCGUUGACGAUUGAGCCGAUUCCAAUGCUUGCUGCAAUAGCUGACCAUAAGAUUACUGCAGUACCUGUUUGCAACUACGUUAGCUGCACGGAUGGUGUAUUCUGCCCGGAGAUGGAAAGCAGACUCCCAGUAGAAGAGGCGAUCAAGCAAGGGUUGCUAGAUUUGCCAGGUGGGGAGCUGAACGUUACAAAAGAUGAAGAACCAAUCUCCUUGGCCAAGGCCCGAGAGGAGGGCUACGUAACAGAGACAACACUCAUAAUCUUACACGUAACGGACCCCUAUACUGAAGAAGCCAUCACCCUAGAGCAGGCAGUCAGAAUGGGGGUGGUAGAUCUCGUAAAUAAUUCGUACAUCAACCCGUUGAAGUCUCAGAUCAUGCCGCUGUUGACUGCGUACGAAAAAGAAAUGAUCAAUGCAAAGCCGCUGUAUAAUCCUGUAUUCUGCCCAGAGCAAGUUGUGGACACUGCCAAUAAACUCAAGAAGAUUCCAAUACUCGAUGCUAUUAAACGCGGCAUCAUUAAACCAGAUACUGGGCACUACCAUGACCCGUCAAGUGGAGAAGCAUUGACCAUCCAAGCGGCCACAAAACAAGGACUGGUUCUUGGAACUCCGCUCUUCGUUGAGUUGGUUAAAGACCCUUCCAGUGGAAAAUCCUUGCCAUUGGACGAAGCCGUGAAGGACAUAUUGGACGUACAUACUGCAACUUACAAGGAGGAUGAGACGAAGGCGCCCAUGUUGCUGUCGCAGGCUGUUGAGCAGGGUUACGUCAAGGGCAUCCCAGCGAGGAACCCCGUAAAGGUGGUUGUUGGUGCAUUUGAUCCAAAAUCAGCAAAGUAUCUCCCUGUUGAGAAAGCACUGCAGAAAGACUUGUUAAGUUUGGUGGAUGGCGUUUACAUUGAUCCGAAGACGCAUCAGGAGAUACCCCUGAAAUCCGCCAUUGCGACGAAGAAGGUCAAGGUCGAGACGUACUGUGUUGAUUACCUUAUCCAUCCACUAACUGGGAAAGAGUUGACCUUAGCAGAAGGUUCAGAAGCGAGGGUGUUGGACCUACUAAAGUCCCUGUACCUGGAUCACAAAAAUGACAAAGCAAUACCCAUAAAAACUGCAAUCGAAAAGGGUUUGGUCAAGGCCAUGCUUAUGAAGAACCCAGUAGUCGUGGCAGAGUUCGUUUUGGACAGCAUUGCAGAGUCACUGAUGCCCAUCGAAGAAGCUGUCGUGGUUGAGUGUGCUGAUCUGAAAUCCGGACUUUAUACCGACCCUGGAACUCACGAAAAGUACUUGUUAUCCGAGGCAAUCAAAGAUGGCGUUGUGAAGACAAAAACAUUUGUGAUCGAAUCUGCGCAUGACCCGAGAGAUGACAAGUAUUUAGAGCUAGAAGAUGCUGUCAAGGAGGGAUUGGUUGAUAUUGCGAGGAGCACCUACACCUUCCCGGAAACCGAUGAGGCCAUUCCCUUGAUAGCGGCGAUAGAACGGGGUUUGGUUCGUGCCGUACUUGUGCAGAAUCCAGUCAAGAUCAUUCGGGCUGUCGUCCACAAAGGACAUAAGGGAGAUCUAACAAUGGAAGAAGCAGUUGAGAUAGGAUUGCUAGAUAUUGACGCAAAGACUUACAACAUGCCUGAGAACGGGGAUCUAAUAUCUUUUCAUGACGCAGCUGAGAAAAAGCUACUGAAAUAUGCUACAAUGGACAUACUCUACGCAGUGGAUCCUAAAACUGGUAAAAAGUUGCCACUCGAACAAGCAGUUGAGCAAUCACUGGUAGAUCUGCCGAAGAGUUUGUACUUGAAUCAGAAGACACAGGAAGCAAUCCCGUUGACUACUGCCAUCAAGAAGGGGUUUGUUAAGGUAACCCCUGCAACUGAAGAUGCCAAGGAGUAUCCGAAGAAACCAGUAGGAAAGAGAGAGACCACUGAACGUGAGAAGAAGAGGAAGAAAAGUAGGAAUUCCCUUGGGAAGCUUGAGUAUCCGAAGAAGGAUACUGUGAGGUCCAAGAAGAAUAGGCCGCACCUGGCGACCCUUAUGUCUGUAGAUGACCUUGGAGGAGCCCCAAAAGAUCCUGAGCGCGCAAAUGGAAACCUCGCUAACGGGGAACUGGACAAGGUCCAAGACUUUGCGGAAGAAACUGUUAAUGAGGCCGUGCAGGAGGCGUUGAAGAGUCCUAUAAUUGAGGAUGGACAGUGUCAAGAGACAGUAACGGAGAAGCCAGAUGAGGAGUUGGUUAAGUCAAUGCCAAAGUUGAAUCUUGAGGAAGCUUUGGAUCAAUUAGAUAAGGAUGCAUUUGGCACACUGUUUAAGGAUAGGGAAAUGGCGGCGACGGACACACCGCUGGAGGGCGAUAUGGUUGAGGAAGCGAUCGUGGAAGUGACCGAGAAAGAAGUAAAUGAUGCUCCUUGGGACCUAAACCUUGUUUUGGGUCAACCACCAGCAGAUGUCAGCACAGGUUCUGACGAUAAUCUGGAUAAGCCUGGAUUUGAGAAUGGAUUAAAUGAGAGAACAAGGCCUGGGCAUGUUGACCAAUUGUCCCCAAGUCAAAUUACUACAAGAGAACCGACUGAAUGUUUUGACGAGGAAAAUAAUAAGCAAGGACUUACACCAAGUGCCAAUGUAAAUGGAGAGGACGAUAAUGCUAACUUAUAUCCAGAACACAUGAAUGAUAAUGCUGUACAACAGCCCAUUGACGCAUUAAACUCUGAGCCUGGUUUAGGCGAACAGGCGACUGAUGACAAACGUGGACGACGGGAUACGUCGGAAGCUAUAUACAGUGCGGAAGACGUUGACGAAGACGGGAAUAUCGCGUUAGAAGUUCGAAGGUCGUCUGCUAAAGGAUUUUUUCCCGAGGACGAUGUUGUGGCUGUAGACAGGCCUGGAAGUCGGGCAAGUAUUGAUAGCUUAGAGCGGCCCAUCUCCCCUGAUAGUUUGAGUGGUGAUUUGGAGUCAACACCACGUGCGUUGGAGAAGGAGGACUUAGAAAACCCGGAUAUAGUUGAGGUCGUUCAGUCAUCGGCGAAAUUAUUCUAUAACGACGAAGAGCCGAUAGAGGGCGUGGCAGAGAAAGGCGAACAUCCUUACGACGCUGACGAAUCACGAGCUAGAACAGAUAGCUCAAGUUCUGAGGAGGGAUCGCGGCCAUUCACGACAACAAACGACGCCAUAUUUGAUAUUACGCCGACACUAGAGGGCGCUGGACUCAAGGUCAAAAUCGGCGGAGACGGUGAGACAGCAGGUGAAAAAAUUCCGUGCGGAGUCGCCACUGCAGUUGAUCCAGAAUGCUCACCACGCAUUGAUGCUGACUUAGUUUAUACCUGUCAACAACCAGUGAAAGAGGGACUAGAACCGGAGGCCCCCUGCGAGAAAAACAAGCAGGCGAUUAGCUUCCUUUCCGACCCAGAUUCGGGCAUUGACUAUUUGUCCCCGUCAGAGGAGCUGGGCACUCCCGACAGAGAACUUCCAGCUACAAAAAAAGUGGACUUGGGGAUAGAUUUCAACGUUGAAGCCAUCGUACCGGACUCAUUGGAGAAACUCCAGAGCGCCGACGAAAGUGGGUAUUUGAAAGACGCUCAGACACCUGAUAGUAUUUUGGACGACUCGAGCCUUGGCUCAGAAAAUCUUGACCCGGAGAUGUAUCGCCGCAACUCAGACGUCCGUCCAGUGGACACAUUCUACAAGAAGUUGAGCCAUUCUUUGAAGAGCUAUCCACUAGGAGUGAAGAGUCCACAAGGGGGUUUGGAUAUUGGUUUUGAUGAGGCUGUAGCCAGUGGCGUCCUCAAGAUGGAUCCGUUGGAGUAUAUGAAAGCGCGGGGUGAGGUCUACUGCAUCCAGGAGGCAGCAUCUUUGGGAUACGUUGACAAGGGCCUGGUUGAGAAAAUGCUGCCUGUCUAUGAGGCACACAGCUUGGAGAAUACUCUACAGGACAAUAAAGGCUACCUAAAGGAUCAUUUCAAGGUGGACACAGACAAACUAUCCCGGGGUGAACUUCUGGCAAAAGCGCUCAAGAAAAACGCAGUUGACGCUGAAAAAGUAUUCUAUCAUGAUUAUAAGUCCCAUAGGGUUGGGAGUCUAAGCUGGGCCAUGACUGUUGAUAAAUUUGAUCCGAAAGGUUUGGAGUUUAUUGACCCGAAAUCAAAGCGGAAUAUAGAGUUGGGCGAGGCUGAGGUUGGAUACGUUAUGACUCCUAAAAUAGACAAUGUGGAGAUUCUAGAACCGAUCGCGACUUUGAAGUUCCUAAGGGGAAAGAUUGACUUGAAUCAAAAGGGAAUACAGCACCCGAUACGGAGUGAUGAAUUGACUGUCAAGGACGCCGUAUUAGAAGGGGUGCUAGACCUCCCGCGGUUUGAAGUUGGCCCACUAGAGGGUCGCUCAGCGGUCCCCCUCCCCCAGGCACUAAACUUGGACCUCGUCGAGCGUGAAACUGCUAAGAAAAUAGCCGGCAUUGUUUGCAGUGCCUCACUGGGGAACCUUAUCGACAAGGGCCUAAUUGACACAAGCACUGCAGAUUGCAAAGACCCCACAACAGGGCGGACCCACCCCUUCCAGGAGGCUAUAAAAAGGGCUGUAAUCCAGCCACAGUUUGUAUUCUUCCUAAUUGUGUCGACGAAGAAAGUUUCAAGUUUCCAGGCAAGCACUCAGGAUAAGUUCUUCUCUCCCGUGACGUGUACAUUCAAGGACCCGAGUAGCGACGAUCGGAUAACCAUAGCAGAGGCAAUACGUCGUGAAGUCAUCUGCCCGUACUUGGACCUGGAUGCAAUCCUCGCGGCGCAACUGACUGUGCAGGAUCUACUCGACAGAAAGGAAGUAACCUUAAGCACGAUGUUCCGUACUCCAGUGGGGUACAAACCGUACCCAUUACGGGAUGCAUUAGAGAAAGAGGUCAUCAAUGGAAAUUGCUUCGCGAAGAUUGACAAGGAGGGAACGCUGUCCCUCAACGUUGGAGAUGUUUAUACCAAUGCUUUGGAGGGAGUGGUGCGGAGUCUGGAAUGGGUGGCGAAUACGGAGAAUACGUUGGCUGGCCGGAUGUGCCCUGAGAAGAACCCCGAGGCGCUCAGGGAGGCCAUCGCGCAGCAUCGGCAAUUAAUGGAACAGAGCAUGAAAGAGCAAGACUUGCUGAAGACUCACCUGGAUAACGCCCGGGCCGUCCUCGAUGAUGAGAGAGACAAGUCCAAGGACCUCGGCCGGGAAGGCCAGUUCAUCUCCCUGGAGAAGAAGGUCAACGCACUCCGAGAAAGAAGUGAAGACUUGGUCGGAGAAUUCAAGACCCGACUCACAAGACUCUAUGGCCUCUCACAGCAACUCGAAGACUUCGAAAAAGCCCAUUCAGACCUUCAAGACUCUAUCUUAGUACAGGCCCGGAAGUUCAGCGACAUCCGGAACAAAUUUCUUGAUAAACAGGAAGUGCCGGAAGUUACGGAAGAACUGAAGCAAUACGAAAAUGAUCUUAACUACUACCGAUCAAAACUUAACCUGACCUCCAAUAUGCCGGGGAGGGCGUCGCCAAACGGCAGCACGGCCAUUGACGAUAACAUCCAACAUCUCGCCGAGAACCACCACAACCUGAUGGAGAAGUGCCGCGCCCUGGACCAAGCCAUGAAGGACUACCUAGACUAUCUUGCUAAGAAGGAGGAGCUGGAUCCUAAGAUUGACUCCAUCCGGGCCGACCUGACUGAAAUUGAGGUGAAGGAGAAGACGGAUGAUCAUAUCUUGAUGAAGGAACUUGCAAAAGAAGUCGGUGCCCUUGCCAAAGACUGCGACAAACUUCAAGAUGAGCAGGAUGCCAAGACAAUAGCGGGGACCGACACCUUGGAUAAUCUUGCUGUAACCGAAGCGCCGAAAGACAACCAAUUUGUUGACGACUUCGACAAGGAUGUGAAAGAUGGAGAAAAGAAAUACCAAGACUUGGUCGACGACCUUAAGAAGAAGCGACAUCAUUUGGAAAUCGCUGCAAUGGUUGCGCAAGAUCUUCACACGUCUUUGACGGGUCUGUGUGACUGGACAAAGAAAUGCGAGGACAGGUUGGAUAACUAUCCCCCGACGAGUUUGGACGCCGCGAAACUGAAAGAUCAGCUUCAAGACUGCGAGAUUCUGGCUGCGGAGACCAAGAGUGAGUACCUAGUCGUUGAUGCGAUCAGGCAGCAGUCGAAUGACACGGACGCCAUGAAGGACAAUCUCGAGGCCCUUGAGGACACAUUUGCGCGCCUCAUUCCAAAGGUUGAGAAGAAGUGCGGCGAUCUCGAGGAUACUUUGAACAAAUUGGAAAAAGUGCGGGACCUUUGCGGUGAGAUCCAGGAUGUCUUGGAUGAGAUUACCAUCACCGCGGAUGAUGAUCCGAGCAAUGUUGACCCUGAGGCACUGCGGAAGAUGAAGGAAGAUGCCCAGCCGACCAUGGACGAGCUGAAGGCACUCGUGGCGGAGAUUCUGGCUGACCCCAACACUCAGGACAAGGCUGCUCUCCUGAAGGCUCUCACGAGCGUGCAAGGACAGUGGCACGAUUUGGACAACAGGCUUUCAGAGAAGACAUUCAACAAGGCUGUAGAUAAGUUGGAGGGUCACCUUCAGGACCUGGACGGGCUGGACGCGGAGGUUGGGCAGGAUGACACAGUCAGCGCCGACCCUGAGAUCCUUAAAGCUGCCAUGAAGGAAAACACGGCUGUUGCCGAAAAACUGGAAGAAAAGAAGAACGAUAUCACAAACAUUGCUGAGCAAUGCAACAGAGCAUUCCGCGCCACAACAGACGACGUCCAAUCAGAUUUGCGCUUGAAAAUCGAUGCGGCAAAGUCUCACGUGGACCACUUAUGUAAGCAGUGCGCUGAUAGGCACGCGGUUUUGGACAAGACGCUCCCAUUGGCUGUGCAUUAUGUUGAGAUCCAUGACGAGGCUCUCGCGUGGCUGGAUGAGGUGGAGUCAGACGUUCAUUCUCAGUGUCAGGAGGUGGUCGGUGACAAUCCUGAACAGCUAAAACACCAGAAGGAAAAUGCGACGGAAACACAGCAAAAGAUCGACGAUGAAAAACCAAAGUUUGAAGAUCUCAAUGCCACCGGAAAUGAGCUUGCCGAACUCUGUUGCCAAGACGACAGCCUUGCCAUUGGAGAAGAACUUGACCUAGUUAACCAGAGAUAUGAUGGUCUCAAGGUUGAUGUGGCCAAUAGAAUCGAUGAAUUGGACGCGACGUUGAAUGACGUCACAUCUGAGGUUUCGGAGCACAUAGACGAUGCAUUGAACACGGUCGACGUUCUGAAGGAGAAGUUGGACAAUUUGGAACCUUUGACGGGAAAACCGGAAACAUUUAAAGCCCAGAGUGAAGAACUUAAGGAGCUUGAGGCCAAGCUUGCCAAGUUGGAACCGUUCAUCAAAAAGGUUCAGAGGGUUCGGUCUGGUGAUGACGCAAGUGAAACGAGCUCAUUAUCUGAUGGCGACGAACUGAGUGAGAAAAUUGAAGACCUCCUAAAGGGUUACCAGGAUGUCAAAGAUGGCGUCGAGAAGAGGAAGGCGCAGAUAGAGGGCGCUUGUCCGGUUGCUAAUGAUUUCUGGGACAAGUAUCGCACCACGGAUGCCACCCUUCAAGAGAUAGCGGACAAUGUCUGUGCCAUCGACAGCUCUAGUAUUGAUCCAGAGUUUAUACUGGAGCAGCAGAAGGAACUCAAGGUUUUGGAAGAUGACUUCGUCAAGACCAAAGACUCGGUUGAAGACUGUCACCAACUCGGCGAUGAGUUGUGCAACAUCUGCGGCCCUCCGGCAAAGAUGGAGGUCAAGAAGCACUUGGAUGACAUUGACGAGCUCUGUGCCGAUAUUGAGGACGAUAUCAAGGAUAAGGAUGAAGAGUUGAGCAGUGCUUUAGAGAAGGCCAGGCGUCUAAAGGACAUUAUGGAUGAAAUGAAUGCUUGGCUAGCCAAAGCCGGCGAACAGAUCGCAACCAUGCCUCCAGUAGCGCUAGAUGCCCGCUCAAUCAAGAUUCAAAUCGAACAGCUAAAAGUCCUAAAAGUCCAGAUUCCAACCAAGGGCGUCACGCUGGAGACAAUGAAUCAACACGCCAAGGAGAUAAUGAAAGCAGCACCAACAACUGUGGAAAGGUUACAGCCGCAAGUGGAAGACGUCAAUGAAAAGUGGGAUGACCUCUUGAAGAAGAUAGCUGACAGGGAGAAUGCCCUAAAUGCAGGCCUAAUCAAAGUAGGCGAGGUUGAAGCGGCCAUGGAUGAUGUCAUAGGUGUUCUUCAGGCAGCAGAGGAGAAGUUGGCUGAGCUGGAGGAUAUAUAUGGUGACCCACGAUUUAUUGAAACCCACUUGAAAUGUUUAGGGCAUUUGAAAACUGACGUCCAAAACCAGGAGCCGGCCAUGAAAGCGUUAGAGCAGGCAGUAGAUGAACUUCUCGCAAAGGGUAAAGAGGGACCAAACAACAAACUCAAGGCGAAGAAGGAGGAGAUGAACGAGUUACUGACAGGACUUUUUCUUGCCAUUAAGGAUAAGCACAACAGGCUUCAGGACACUUUGAAAGAGAUUAAAGUGUUCAUCGGUGAUGUUGAAGACCAGGUUAAUUGGUUGACAGAAUUCAAGAUCGAACUCAGGCACCCUGGACCAAUCGGUUGCAUUCCAUACAGCGCGAAGAAACAUCUCGAUAAAUUCCUCGUAAAAUAUGCGAUCUUCGAGAAGAAGGAAGACAAGAUUCGUCUGUUGUUGGCUAAUGGCGAGGACAUGCUGGAUCGAUGCAAGGCCACUGAUGCUGCCCUGCUUGAUGACUACCUGAGGAAACUCAGGCAGAAGUGGAACAGCGUGAAGAGGAGAGCUGCAAAGAAGAAGAAAAAACUAGAGGGACAUCUAGCCUAUGUGCAAGGGUUCCACGGCAGUCUCCAAGUCUAUGUUGACUGGUUAAUCCGCGCCGAACAGCAACUGAAGACAUUCAAAUACCCAAGCAAGAUCGUCGACCGGAUCAAGAAACAAAUAAAGGACCACAAGUCAUUUGUGUUCGACAUCCACCUCCAUCGCGAAAUUCUCCAAGAAAUCGACAUGACCGGGACCUACCUCAAAUACUUCGGAAACAAAGAGGACACACUCUAUGUCAAGGCACAGCUACAGAGCAUCAAGCUAAGGUUCAAGAAGUUGAAGAGACGGGCGGAGGAGAGAGGACGACUCCUCAACCAGGCGCACAGGGAAGAUGUCAGGUUUUACAACUCUUGGAAGGACCUUAUCGACUGGAUGGACCAGUACCACUCCCGGAUAUCAGGCCUCGGCAAAUCAAAGAACGCCAAUGACGUCAGAAAUGAUGUUGAUGAAAUCCGGUUACCGCGGUGCUUCAGCGAUCGGAAGAAAUUUGGAAUCAUAAUGUUCCUGCGGUUUAAUCACCAGCUCCACGCCAAAUACCCGACCUACCACACCACGCUGCGGCUGGGGAAGAACCUGAAGGACCGCUGUACCAAGAACGACCCCGACAGGGAUGCUCUGCAGACCAUGCUGGACGAACUGAAGAAGAAGUGGACACAGUUGAGGAAUGUAGCUACAGAGAGGCAAAGUCACCUGGACAGCAUUCUUCUGUCUUCAGGCCAGUAUGCGGAUGCAAUCCAGUCUAUGAUUGAUUGGUUGACAAGGAUCGAAGAGGACCUCAAAGAAUCAAAUCCACUGCUUGGUGACCUUGACACGAUAGAAUUCCUACAUGAGCAACAUAAGACCUUCAUGCAAGAACUCAUCAACUAUGAGAAGUCAGUAAAACAGAUGCUUAAACCGUCCGACUCUGAUGAUAAGCUGAAGGACAAGACCCAUCACCUUGAGGCCAAAUGGAAGCGGGUGUUAGACCUGAGCGCAAAGAAGGAGGAGAGGUUACAGGAAGCAUUAAAAAUAGCUGAAGAAUUCAAGAGCAAUGUCCAGAAGAUAUUAGAAUGGUUACCAAAUGCUGAGGCAGAGUUAAAGUUCCGUCCAUUACCAGAAGAAGAGGGAGAUAUCGUUACUUUAAUUGAUAAACAUGAUAAAUUCCAAACCCAAGUCCGACAUAUGGAACCCAUAGUUAGUGGAGUGGAGACCAUGGGGAAAGAUAUCCUUCGAAAUUGCCAUCCAAGUGCUAAGAAAUUUGUCAAGUAUAACGUCACUGUGAUAAAAACACGGUGGGACCAAGUCUCAAGUCGAACGAAGAACAGGCACCAACGUCUGCAUGAGGCCCUGAACAAUCUCCAAGGUAACGCCGCCAUGACAGAGGAACUCCUUGAAUGGUUGACUACAGCCCAAAAUGACCUGCAUCAUAAGGACAAAGAGCCACUUCCCGAAAAUCUUCCAACCACUGAACUCUUGCUCAAAGAACAUUCCGAAUUCCACGAAAUAUUAUCAGAAAAGGGUAAAUCUAUAGAGAAGAUAUCUAGGAUGCCAUCAGUAAAGGCUAAACCACGUAGUAGGUCUCGUGCAAGUUCCUCGAGUUCUACGGGAAGUGACCCUGGUAAAAAGAAGUCCAAUGACACAGCAUACCAGCAUAGAAUACAGCUGUGUCACAACAAGUGGCGAAAUGUUUGGCGGGAUUCUGUUGAACGGAAGCGGAAGUUGCAGGAAUUGGCGGUGAAACAAGCAGAGUUGGAAGGCUUCAAAAACUUCAAAUUUGACUCAUGGAGGAAGCGAUACCUCGGCUGGAUUCACGACAAGAAAUAUCGUCUAACUGAUGUGUUCAGACAAAAGUCGGGCGCCAAGACAGGAGUGCUUUCAAGAGAUCAGUUUAUCGAAGGAAUCAUGUCUUCAAAAUUCCCAACGAAUCGAACAGAGCUCCAGGCAGUCUUCAAAAUCUUUGACAAAGAUGGAAGCGGUGAGAUCGACUACAAGGAGUUCAUGGAUGCUCUCAAACCAGACAAGAACCGGAAGCCCAAGAAGAUGACAGAAUCCGAGAUGAUCCAAGAUGAAAUAGAACGAGAAGUCUCAAAAUGUAACUGCGAGUCUCAGUUGAAGGUGGAGAAGGUUGGAGAGGGCAAAUAUAGGUUUGGAGACAACAGAAAACUAGUCCUAGUCCGAUUCCUUAACAGCUGUGUGAUGGUGCGAGUUGGCGGAGGAUGGGAGCGACUGGAGAAAUUCUUGGAGAAUCACGAUCCUUGCAGAGGGAAAAUAGGGCGAGGUAUGACUGGUAAAGGACGAACAAACACCGAGCUCCGAGAGAAAUUCCUACUUCCAUCUGGUUCCUCACAGUCUCGCGCAGCUUUCACAACGAGGCGGACACCAUCCGGACCGUCUACUUCAAGUUCAAGGUCAUCCUCCCGGGCUUCGUCGCCAUGUCGGAGUCCGAUGCCGACAAAAAAGGCGCCAUUGAGAAAAGCGGCGACUACAGCAUCUUCUUCAGCAAGUGUUCGAUCUCCACUGAGUGCAUCACCACGAUCUCCAGGAAUGCCAAGUCACACGCAGGCGCGGAUGCUGAAGAAAGCCGCAACAGUAGAUAUGGGAUCGGGGAAAUCCGCAGCUUUGAAAAUGCCCCCAAAACAUAUGACAUCAUCACGGGAAACAUUGACGUCACCGAAAACGCCGAAGAGCCCCGGAUUAUCGAAUGGAAAAGUAGCCAAUGGGAGCACAAGGCAGAAUAGACUUUCUUCAAAGGACUCCGUACUCUCUGAUGAAGUAUUUGAUAGUCAUUCUAGACGACAAAGCACAGAUUCGCAUUACUGAUACAUGUAGCUUUGAAAAGGGACUUCGGCAGCCGAAAAUUUUGUCAAUGACUUAAAAUUGAAAUCUAGCUGUUAAUUCAUCGUUUUCGGAAUUGUAAACUGGUAAAUUGACAGGGAUCCGAUGAUUGAAAAUCAGCUGUCAGUUCCUACGAGGUCGUUUUUUUGAGGAAUCAAAUUUCGUUGCAUAACUGAAAGGCAGUUUGAAACGAUUUUUUGUAAAUAUUUUGGGUCGAUUCUUUGAAACCUCUUGGAUUAAGAGUCAUCGAACCAGUCAACUGAAUUCGUGAAUUUUGGAAAAUUCAUUAUAUAUGUAUGCUAUUUUUUUACGUUGCUGAUAAUUUCAUAUUUCCUUGUUGUAAAUAGGAGAAACCGGCGUACUGACAAGACAGUAGAUAGGUUGGCUAAAACCUCAUAGUUAAAGUCUAAAGUUACCUGUGUCAUUGUUGUAAUUUUUGACUGGGCGCUAUCCAUGCUUUCAAGUUUACAAGUUCUUUGUAUGAUUUUCUUCUGAGUUGAUUAUGAAUUCUAAUAAAGGUGUAAGCCUAUUUUGAUGGGCAACACGGCCCCUUGCUGUGUGUCCAAUGCUGCCGAAGGAGUUGGCGAGGAUGAAUCGUCUCCGCAUGUGUUUUCCCUUUCGUUGCUAAUCUGAAGCCUCCCUCUUCGGUUAAACAAUGCAAAGCGACAAACACAACGCCCUUGCUUCCUUGGGGAUUGAAAUCGUUUAAUGGUGUAGGAAUCGGCACAAGUGGAAUGAAUUUAAUUUGUUUACAUUUUCUUAACUGUAUGGCGGUAAUAGUUAUGUUACUGGAUUAUUGGUGUUUGCAUUUCACUACGUUGUCAUUUGGUUUCCAGGUGGUCAACCAAAAAUAAUUAUAACAUUUUGUUCUAUACAUUCCAUGAAUUGUUUCUAGUCGUAAUCAUGGCAACUGGUCACAUUAUGAAAACAUAUCGAAUCAAUUUGUAGUCGAGUAAUGUAGUAUUUAUAUAAACUUAGUCAAGUUAAAUGAAAUUCGAUCCGAAGUGUUGGUGAUUUUUGUAAUCUUGACGAGUCCUGAACCAAUCUUGAUGGGAAGUAGGCUAAACCUCCCUUCUACUUUGCGUUAAGACGAAAGAGGAAGCAAAUAUAGACAUGAUAGGCCACACUCGUUGAAACUUGGCUAUCAAUCAUAAAUUGGGUAUUUUUUAUCAGGAAUGGUAUCGGAUAUAAAAUAGUGGAUUACGGUGGUCACUUUUUUGGCUGUUGUUUUAAUAGUGGUACUGCGUGACCCUUCAAGAUAGUCAUUAGAGUGGAAUAUGUUUGAAGUCUGUAUUCGUAAGACGAAACACUAUGACAAUUUGAAUACAAUACGUUUUCGAAAUUACAAUCAUUGUAGUGUUGUGUAGUGCUGUAUAUUUAAGAAUAACUGUAUUGGCGAUCAGAUUCGCUGGAAUGUAGUUCGUAGAUAGAUAAAGUUAUCGAAGGCACUGCCCUGUCCCGGUUGAGCAUUUUCAUUUCUGUGAUAAGGGCGUCUACUUACAGUAUUAGUCUAAACGUUGCUAUAUAUACACAGCCGACAGUCUGGUCAUGGACCAGCAUUAUGAGUUCGUAAGCCUAUGGAGCUGUGUACUUCCAAGUAUAAUCCUAUGCAAAGUUAUCUGUAGAAACUUAGGUCCAAGUUUAACCAGAGUCGUUCUUAUUUAAAAGACUCCGGUUUAACUAAGUCCAUCUGCUUUACCCAAACCAUGUUUCCACUUUCAAGUCUAUGUUGCAUUUUUUCCACCAAUAAUGUGGCUCUUGAAGUGAUUUGUUGCCAUUUUUAUGUGGUGGGCUACAAUUUGAGUACGCAAUUUUCUUUUUUGUUGAUGUCGUUUCAUCAUGUCUUUGAAAAGAAGUCACUCUGCUAAUUAAUUAUAACGUUCCUUUUCUGCUUCCUCUUAUAUUGUAACAUAAAAACGCUGACCAAAUUUUUGAGAAAAAGUCUUAUACUAUACUGCUAAAAGUUAUAAAUAUAACUAGCUUUUCAGAAAUAAAAAUAAAUCAAGUUGUUUGUCAUUUUGUAAA